UCAGCGCCUCCAGUCUUACCAACAAUGCGAGGUGGUGCAGCCCCGCCGGCAACCGCAACCCCACCCACUACCCCUUCUGCACCUGCUCGUGGAGGCUUUGCACCUCCACCGUUUCGAGGUCGUGGAUUUCCUCCACCGCGUGGCAGCUUUCCGCCUUUCCGCGGUGGCUAUCCGGGGGCAUAUCCACCAGGAUUUCCGCCUGGUUAUGCACCUCCAGCACAGACACAGCAGCCACAACAAACCCAGCAGACUCAGCAGCAAACAGCACCCAUGGAUCAAGCGACGAGACUGAAAAGACUUGCAAAUUGCGAAGAAGACGAGGAGUUAUGGGUGGAAGCAGAGUCACCGGAAGGGAAGCCGUACUUCUACCACUGGCAGACGCGUGAGACCGUCUGGGAUCGUCCAGAAAAAGCCAAGGUCGUUGGACAGACAGAACUUGCUGAAUUGAUUCAAAAGUCGAGUGAGGAAGAGCGAAAGGAGCGAGAAGGUGAGCUUCAUUUGUCCCGAAUCUUAUCAGUUCCUGAAUGA